GUUUCUCUGCAAGAUGAACUUGGUCCAAACCUCCAUGGUGCACUUUGCACUCUCACUGUGGUGACCUCAUGCCAGCUCUCUCAGCAGUGUUUAAAGUCCAGGGAGAGGCGUGCUUACCUGCCUCCUACACACAACAGCUCGCUCCCACUCCUCCCUGCCUGCACAUCUGCCUGGACGAGGGCUCCAGAGCCUGGAUCGGGACUGCAGCAUGCGGCUGCUUUUCGAGGCAGCGGUUCUGUGCCUGACCCUGGGCUUCGGGCAAUGCACCGAGGACACAACACAGGAGAACACCGUCCACCAUGCUCCCCAAGCAGAGUCAUCCUACUCAGAGUGGGGCAUCGAGGCCAUCCGGGACAGCUUUGAAACGGUUAACAGCUACUUCGACUCCUUCUUGGAACUGCUUGGGGGAAAAAACGGUGUUUGUCAGUACAGAUGUCGAUAUGGGAAGGCUCCAAUGCCGCGACCUCACUACAAACCCCAGGAACCCAACGGCUGUAGCUCCUAUUUUCUGGGGCUCAAGGUACCCGAAAGUCUAGAUUUGGGCAUCCCUGCCAUGACCAAGUGCUGUAACCAGCUAGACAUUUGUUACGACACCUGCGGGGCCAACAAAUACCGCUGCGACGCCAAAUUCCGCUGGUGCCUCCACUCCAUCUGCUCCGACCUCAAGCGCAGCCUUGGGUUCGUCUCCAAGGUGGAAGCUUGUGAAUCCAUCGCAGACACAGUGUUCAAUGCUGUCUGGACCCUAGGCUGCCGGCCCUUCAUGAACAGCCAAAGGAGUGCCUGCAUUUGCAACGAGGAAGAACGAGAUGAAUUGUGAGGAAGAGCAGAUGCCCGGCCUCCAUGAGCCUGCUGCCAAGCGUCCCCUCUCUGAUACCGCACUUCAGCGCAGUGAUUUCUAUCAGCUCUUUGGCCUAGCACAGGAUGGGGGGACCUGCACCAAGCAAUACACAUCAACUACAGCUUUUGGACAGAGGGCUAUGAAAGGGGAGACAGCCUGUGAAUACAGGGCAGUGAUGCCUGCUGUCCACCACAGAUGCAGUUCAACAGCCCUACCCCUUUCCAAGUCCAUCAGCCUGAAUGAUCCGAUGCCAAUUUUCUCUGCAGACUGAUCAGGAGAGGCAAGCAGGACGCAGCACUGGUUAUAAACAAGGGGCUUUACUUGUUUGUUUGCCUUAGACACACAUGUAUUAGCUCCCCCUGCCCCUUAACUCUCUAAUUUGUGGUGCAAGGCACUAGGUUUCUGCAACCCCUGAAAAUCCCAGUCCACGGACACACCAUUUACAUUUUUCUACCACCGGUGACAGACCAAAGAGGAGGGGUAAUUUGCUUUCAGCAUGUUGCUCGCACCCAUCUCUGACAUUUUCCAUCCUACCGUUACACACCCUGACAACUCUGUUUAUUUAAAUACUUGGUGGAUCCUAAACCGAUUUAAAACAUCUGGGGAUUUGGUAAGCAUGAGAAGGACUUUUAAGUGCUUGUGAUACAGGCACAAUUCAUAUUUGGGCAAAAAGAUGCCAAGGCCCAUUGCGUCUGACGUGAAAUCACAGCACUCUCCCACGGUCUCAGGAGAGGGAGCUGCUUUUCUUUUACAGCGUCAUCCAGAUCUAUUUCAUUAUUUUCCUCCUAUAUCAUUUAACAAAGUUUUUCUCUUAGGAUCCCUUUUUACACAAAAUGGCUGGAUAUCCACCUCCAUCUUUUGCAUGAGGGAAAGAGGAGGCUCACAUUUGCCUUGGAUGAGAGAUUCAAAAUCCCAGCGGCUUAUCUGUCAGGUGGCAGAGCUUACAUGCUACCUCUGUGGGGCAGAGACACUGCCAGCUGAGGAGUGAUCAGCAGCCUCAGACAGCAUUCUUCCCAAAAUAUGGUUAAUACUUCCAUCUGUUAUCAGGAGCUUUUAUUGCAUGCAAAAUUAGAAUUUAAAGUGGUAUAUGGAAUUUCAUCUACAUAUAACAUUUGCAGACAGCUUUCAUCUGUGCUUCUUGUUGAAAGGAAGUUGCUACUGGGUGCGCGUGCCACGCCAUGUAAAUACUUCAGCGUCUUCUGCAAACAUAUUUAUGGUUAUGUUCUUCCAUCUGCCACAGAAAAGUUAAGGCUACAGAAGGGUGAUUUAACAAGAAUGGAAAGAGCCUGUCUUAGUUACUUUUCUUCUAGUUUGUGUUUAAAUGUAUGCACGGAGCUAUGAAUUAUUUAAGCCCAGUAUUCCCGUUCUUGUCAGUUAUCUUUGCUUCACAGUGAACAGCAAUGAGACAUUUAUCUGGCCCCAAACAGACUGAAACAACAAGACCCCACUGGUAUUAAGACCAGGAAAAUGGAAGUGACCGCAUGAGGUGUACUGGGAUGUUUUCCAUUAAGGAGGAUCUUAAUUUACACUGAUCAGAUGCAAUGACAUUCUUUCCUACCUGUUCUAAUGCCACUGGAGAGUGAAUACUGCAUUGCCAAGGUUCAUCACAGUGUGUGUCUAUCAGAGCAUGAGACUGGACAGACAAUCUUUAUUACCCAUCUAAGAAACACGUAUUUUUGGCCAGGGAUGGGAAGGAAACAUUCCUCAUUCCAGACACUUCCCAAACUUUGUGUUUUGUUGGUGAAAUGGUGGCCGUUGCCAGUUUUAAAUGUGAGCAUACUCUUAUGAUUAAAUGUCAAAAUUAAAAAAAACAAAACAAAAAAUAUCUUGUCUAAGCUCAAUAGCCAACUGGCUGGCAAAUGUCUUAAAGCAUUUUAUAGUUCAAGUGAUACCAGAUUAAAGCCAGGCCAAGCAACUGACAACAGAUGAUGCUAUAUGCUGGAGAAAUUUAAAAAUUCUGAACAAAAGCUCUCUAUCCAGAUGCUGAUGCAUUGGAGACACCACUAAUAUAAAUCAUAAUUUCUUCAUACUUUCAGACCACCAUUCAUCCCAAAACACUACAGACUGCUGCACACAGGGCAGCUACUGAAUAAGUACAUUUUUCACUAUGAAGUUAGGCUGUGGUAAUCUGAAAAACCUCACGAGCAGCUCUGCAAGGAAACUUUUGAACCUUCAAGCCGUGGCAAUGACUCAAGAACACCACCAGAUAAUCCUGCGUAGGAGAAAACCAGUGCAUGAACUAAAGUAAAACUUCUGCAUCCAAACUAAAAAUUGCAUCCCCUCCAUGCGGCUCCUGCUAUCCAGUGGUGUACAGCCACUAAAGCAGCUGAUCAUGGGAUUCUCACGGUCAAUGCACAAACCUUGGGUCAUCUUCACUUCCACCCUGCUCGGAACAGGAAGAUGACACUGUGCUCACCUGAUGGCUUCCUGUUGACUUCGUGUGUUGGCAGGAUUAUUUGCAACUCUUGCUGAUAUCAAACUCAUUCAGCCAGCGUGCCCUCUCCUAGGAAUGGUUCCCCAAGCAGCAAUCUCUAUGUUUCCACUGAGGACAUAAAAGCAGGGACUAGGAUGGCAAGUAAUAGGUGAUUAUUCCUGUCGAACAUUUACUUUACAUCCUAAGAGAAAAUGAGGUGGCACCAGCCAGAAUAUACCAACCACACACCUUGGGCAGCACUGAUGCAGCUCGGACUUUGAACUAUGGUUGGCAGUGCUGGUCGGACCUUCGGGAGCACUGGUCGGGUACGUUGCCUUCUUGCACACACAGUGCCUGCUUGUGCAGCGUGUUUUGCUUCCACUCUAUGGCGUGGCAGAUUAAAUUAAACGUACAAAUCCCUCGGC